UCAGUGAGGAAACGGGUUGGGGUUGCGGCCUGCUGGUGGGGCUGGAGGGGUUGGCACUGAGUUUAUCGAUGCUGCCCUUGUUCUUGUCCCUGCUACAGACCCACCUCGUUUGAAAGACACGCUGACAGAAUUCCGGCUUUUAAAUGCCGUUUUAUGUCAUAUUGUUACGUUUUUUUCUUCUAUCUCAGUGCUUUUAAUUCUGCAUGCAGCCUUCAAACGGUAUCACACCGAUACAAGGGCUAUGGCACUGUGGUCUUACAGCACUGACAACACGUAAAGAACCUUCAACAAAGACAUCCUGGCUCUUCAGGUUUUGGCACCUAGCCUGAUUCACCUCUUCCUAUUGCAAUGUCAGAAUGAUUCACCAAGUUUUGUUCUGAAAUGGAUUCAGGAUUUUAACGCCUGCGCCCCAGGAGCCUCCACAGAAGGCACUUUCAUUGCUUCAAAGGGUCUCAGAUUCAGCUGCUCCACUGCAGCUGUCAUCUGGACCCAGAGCCACUGAUGUCUACACUCUGAGCCCAGUGGUUGAGCCGUCUUGCAGCCAGCACAACAGUACAUUUAGCCAGCCAGAACUUCUUCAGCUUGCUAAUGAGAGCAGUGUCACUGAAGUCAAGCUUCACCAGGAGAGGAGAGGAUUGCUUUGAGAUGACUUGUGCCUGCUGUGUCAUGUCUGCAGCUGGAGCUGAGUGGAGCCGCUGGGAGGCCGUGUGUGACAGGUGAAGAACAAUGUUGGUAGCAUACCAGCGUUUGUAAUUACUGCUAAACAGUGUUGUGCAGGGCUGAGGCCAUUCCAUUUCCUCGCUGAAGAGUUGGGAGGAGGCAGAAAUAGGGCAGCUGACUUAAACUGGCCAAAGAGAUAUUCCAUACUACAUGACACUGUAUGGAAGGAGAGUUUUGAAGGGAAGAAGAGGCAGAAGCUGGCCUUGCACUGAAACACAUCCGUUCAGUAGAGAGAGAAUUAACUGGCAGGUUGGUUGCUUGAGGACUCGUCAGCGUUGGCAACGUGUGUGCAAGCCCACCCCAAGCAGAGCAGAGCGGCUCAGCCUGGCCACCCUAGGCAGCAUGUCCCUCCGUGAGCACGCGCUGUCCCUCUUCCGCAGCGCAGUGGGCACCGUCCGGCCAGCCCCAAUGCUGAAGAGGGCACUGAAGCUCCAGGGAGAGGGGUGCCCUCAGCUGCUGGUGAGCAGCCGUGCCUUCCCAUUGAAGAGGGACCUGUACUUGGUGGGGUUUGGCAAAGCUGUGUUGGGGAUGGCGGCAGCGGCAGAAGAGAUCCUGGGAGACCACCUCGUGCGGGGGAUCAUCAACGUGCCACUGGGCAUCCAGGAGAGCCUGCAGCGAGCGGGAAUGCAGGAGAUGCUGCUGAAGCCACACAGUAGAAUCCAGGUCAUUGAAGGUGCCAAGAACAACCUCCCUGACCCGGAGGCUCUUAGGGGAGCAAGUGCCAUUCGGGAGCUGGCUGAGGGCCUGACAGCGGAUGACCUGCUCCUUGUGCUCAUCUCAGGGGGUGGAUCAGCCCUGCUGCCUGCUCCCAUCCCUCCCAUUCUCCUGGAGGAGAAGGAGAAGCUCACAAAGAUGCUGGCUUCCCGAGGAGCUGCCAUACAGGAGCUGAAUGCUGUCCGGAAAAUUCUGUCUCUGCUGAAAGGUGGAGGGCUGGCCCGCCUCGCAUAUCCUGCACAGGUGGUGAGCCUCAUCCUUUCCGACGUGAUUGGUGACCCCCUGGAUAUCAUAGCGAGCGGGCCCACUGCCGCCAGCUCCCACAGCGUCCAAGACUGCCUUCGGAUCCUGGCCAAAUACAACCUGCUGCACAGCCUGCCCAGCUCCGUGGAAGCAGUUCUCUCCAGCUCUCCCACCAAGCCCGCUGCUGCAGAAGACUACUCCCACGUUUGCAAUGUCAUCAUUGGGUCAAACACGUUGGCUUUGGCUGAGGCCAAGCGCCAUGCAGAGAGCCUGGGCUAUGCGACCCUGGUUCUCAGUGCGGCGGUCUGUGGGGAUGUUGGCCGUGUUGCUGUGCUGUACUGCCAGCUGAUCUGCCUGCUCUGCCUGCGCUUGGCCAGCCUUGGGGAAGGGCCUCGGGGCUCUGAGGUGAAGGAGAACCUCCUGCAGCUGGCAGCAGAGUUAGACAUCCCGGGUUUGAACAUGGCUGAGUUUCUGCAGGCCCUGCAAGGAAUGGAGCCCCGGAAACCGGUCUGCAUCCUGGCUGGAGGAGAAACUACGGUUCAGCUUCAAGGAACUGGGAAGGGAGGGAGAAACCAAGAGCUGGCUCUGCGAGUGGGGCUGGGGCUGCACAGGGCACGGGGCGUUGAGGCCAGCAGCUUGGGCAGGUGUGAUGUCGUCUUCCUGAGUGGGGGAACAGACGGGCAAGACGGGCCCACAGAUGCAGCUGGGGCUUUCUGCAGCCCAGAGCUGGUGGCUGAGGCGCUGCAGGAAGGCCUCGAUGCAGAGACCUUUCUCAGCAACAAUGACUCCUAUGCCUUCUUCAGCCACUUCCAGCGUGGACGUCAUCUCCUGGUGACUGGCUUGACGGGCACCAACGUCAUGGACAUCCAGGUUAUUUUAAUUAGAGCCACGGACAGAUCAUGAGAGCUCUCUCUGCAGAUAUUCGGAUGCAUUUAAUUAGGAGCAGGGGUAAAUAAGGCCAUAAACAUUGCAGAUGAAACUACUUAAAUUAGGGCUUGCUGUCAAGGGUGCUAAUAUCUCUGACAGAAAGAGUCCACUAAUUAGGAAAAACCAAAUGCACAGUAAAAGCAUCGGGAACAGUCAAGCUCCUGUAAUUGGGAUUAGAAGAAGGUAAGGAGUCGCACUGUGGAUGUGGAUGUUGCAUUUAGCACUUCUGCAGAGAGCCACUACUGCUGUGACAGCUUCAGCUGUGGGUGAAAGGCAUGGAGAAAGCGAGGCCGUGGCGCAGCUGCUGGAGAGAGCUCCCAGAGUGGUGUGGGAACCCCCUCUGAUCCUGGGAGAGCCUCUGUGCCGGCAGGCUGUGUGUUAGGAGCUUUCAUGGUGUUGUUUUCCAAAUGGCCAGAAAACAGUCGCACAUCCAGCCUGAGCACUGACCUUUCUUCUGUGCCGAGGCAGAAGUCGCUGUCACUCUGAUUAACUCUGCUAAUUCUGCAGAACAAAAGGCAAGGAAGCCUUCAUGCUCAGCUCUCCUGACCCAUGCUGCUGAGCUGAUCAAAGGGCAAAGAUGCCAGAGCUUUGCUUUGACAAGGAGCUGCUCCCCAACCCUCUGAGAACAACGUGGUGCUGCCGGUUUUGCUGCUGACUGCCGUGCAAUACAUGGGAGAGCAGAGAUGAGCUGGGUUUCCCAGGAUGCAGGGCUGAAUUUUAGCUGGGCUCUGGCUACCUAUUCAAAGGACUUCAGCUCAGCAGCCGGUAUGACCCAACACGUUCAACUCCUUUGAAAAAUCUGCCUAUUUGUCACAGAGCCUAAGUGGGAGCUGAGCUCCUUUGAAAAUCCAGCCCUAAUUUAAUAGGACACGCUUGACUCAGACUCUUCCCAGACAGACUAGCCUGCUCCUUGUGGCUGAUCUAAUCUCGUGGCACAAAUUCUCCAUCCUGCCAGCACGGUGAGUAGUGUGUCACUGGGCAGCAGUGAGCUCCACUCAGAGGAUUGGAGGGUGGAUUUCUGAGGAAGCUGUGCACCUCCUGCUUUGUUGUUUAAGCUGAUAUCUGACAAGUAGGAGCGUUGGCAGGACUGCCAAGAUGGCCAGCCCCUUCCCCUUGGUAUCAGUACCACCCUGAGCCUGUGCCCACAGCCCAAGCUCAUCGCGAGGGGAUUUCAAACCCCAGCUCAUGGGGGUAACUACAAUCCCACGUCUCCUUUGUGCUUCAGGGCUGAAGGUCUUCUGCAGCAUGCCUGAGCUUGCUUGUGCUGGCAAGCAGCUUGGAGAUCUGUUGAGGAGAGCUGCCAAGCGUCAUGAAGCUUGUUGGGGGUGAUGGCACAGGAGAAGGCACUUUGUGUUGGGUGUUUUCUCCGAGGGUCACCAUUGGGCUUCAGAGCAUUUGCCUUUCACUGUGUGCCUGGUGUGCCAGCCCUGCAGGCAUGCAAGCCAAAAUGUGGUCUGGGGCCCAGAUGGACGGGCUGAACCUUGCCCCAUAGUGCUGCAAAUGCUUCAUGUCUUAAUUUUAAUCAAGCGAAUUCCAGAGUGACUCCAGCUCCAGCCAUUCCCUGCCUUCUCCUGGGAAAUCAUUGAGCCACAGCAUGGUUGGGAUGGAAGGGACCUCAGCCCCCAUCCCUGCCAUAGGCUGGCUGCCCCCCAGCUUGGGGCUGCCCAGGGCCCCUCCGUGGCCUGGGACACCCCAGUGCUGGGCACACAUAGCUCUGGGCAGCACAGUCAGCGCCUCACCACCCUCUAGAAAUUAAAAAUAAAAUUGUCCAGAGCAGUUUCUUUUUUUUCCCCAACAAAUUUACAGUUUUCUUCAGAGGAACUGAUUUGUUCCAAAAUAACUUCACUUUCGUCAUCUUUCUCAAACAGGAGGUUUUGGAAACUGGAGAUCCGGGGGAAUUGGCAGAGACAAAUGGGUGUUGUGUUUGCCUUGUCUUUUCUUUUUCAGAUGAGCAAGAUAGCCUUGUCUUUCUUCUUUCUUCUCUUCUUUGGUGUCUGUUCUGUCAGGUGGGCAAAGUGAGUGGCCAGGCACGAUGUUCUCCCCCUCAGCACCGUGCGUGCAGGCAGAGCUCCCUGCUUAGCCACCUCAAUACGUGCUGCACCUCUGGGAGAGGUGUCCUCCCCGUGCAGAGGGCUGUGGGAGAGCCCAAGCUGGUCAUGCUGGGGUGGGCAGGCUCUGCACAGUGUGCUGCUCACAGCCAAGCACUGCUCGUGGCUGGGAGAAGUAUCGGUGCUAUGAACGGUGCAAGCUUUUGGCAGUAAAUUAAAAACCUUGGCUGCUGCCCUUGGCUCUGCUCUUGCCUCUUAGGAGGCAUUAAUAUCACAGCUCCCCAGCUUUCCCAUUAUCACUUCAUUAAGGAUCCAAUAAUGAUAAAUGUGGAUGGUUUUAUUUUGCGCCGAGCCUGAUUAAUGGCUAAUAUUUCACUAGGUGUUAAUGGGGCCCUUCUUUUAUGAAGUGAUCGGAAGGGGUCCGCCUUUAAUCUCUUCCCCGAGCUGAGUAAUUCCCACUAUUUUCCUUAAUGUGACAGAUUUAAUGCAAACCUUUACAGAGCGGCGGCGGCCUCCUGAGGAACUUUGAGGAGUGCUGCGUUUGGGGCAGCCCUCAAUGCUGCAGCCGUUCCCUGGCUCCUCUUCCUCUUCUUCCUCCUCUUCCUCCUCCUGCGUGCUCGGUGACGCAGGGAAGCUGCCGCAGGACGGAGCACUGGGUGCCUUCCUGCAGCACAUGGGCUGCUCCCCGCUGUCGGACCCCAGCGCCUUGCACGGCUUCAAUCCCUAUAUGAAGUGGGAUGUAUAAUCACAUAGGAAUAAAAAGCCAUACAGGACAGUGAGGCGCUCUGUGCUCAGCCAGGGUGGACUCAGGGAGCCCUGUAGCUCCUUCGGGGGUCCGUGGGGAGGCAGAGAAGCCCUGUGUGAAACAAGAGGUGCAUUUCAGCAGGGUGUGACCGCUUGCUCUGUGUUAACAGAGCCCAACCCCUGCACCAACCUGAGUCCAGCAUCGCUGUCUUAUCCUGGAGCAUCCCCACACUGUGUCUGCUUGUACCACUCCCGUUGUUUCAGCCCCAGACACCCCCCUGCUGCAAACACAAGGUGGGGAGGAGAAGGGGCUCACCCCACAGCCAUCCCCCUGCAUUGGAGCAUCCCCAUGCGUUCCCUCGCUGUCUGGCCUGGUAGAAGAGGAGUGAGCAGAUCCAGGGAGCUGUCAGCGCCCGGCACGCUGCUGUCAGUGCAAAUCCCCUGGCAGCCCAUUAGGAGCAGCUCCAGGCUGCCUGCAGGAGCUCUUGACAGGAGGCCAGACACCGGCGUGAACAAACACGGCUCCUCCGCAACGAAGGUGGACGUGGGCGGAAUGAAGCCGGGGAUCGGUUCCCCAGGGUCGCUGCUCUUUGAUGGAUGCUCAUGGAGUGCAGGACCAGAGCGAGCCCCGGGGCACGGCGGUGCUGGAAACCCACCCGAAAGAUACGCACUGAAGGGUUCCAUACCUCUGUUCCACAUUGCAGCAUCACCUGCAGACGUGCUGUGCCACCCAGGGCCCCGUCGGCCCUUAGGGAACACCACCGCCAAUCCAAGCCACCGUGCGGCGGCACCAGGAGGCUCUGAUCCUCAAAUCCACCCCCAGGAACCCUCCUCCAUCUCGGGGUCCAGGGAAGCAGCUCUCUGGGGUCUGUGAUUGCUUCUCCAACAUGUGGGACAGCAGGCCAAGGGGUCAUACGGAAAGCUGUGCCCGUGAAUCACUGCACCCAGGCUGGGUAGGAACACCGACGGUGCCGUGUUUGGGAGUAAUUACUCUCCACGAGCGUGUGAAUCAUUAGCUAUAAUUGCCCUAAUAAAUAAAAGCCUGAUAACUUCAGUGUCUGGCUUCAUCCGUGAGCUGCUGGUGGAGCGAGCUCAACCACAUAAAACCAGGAGUGGAGGGAAAGCAGAAAGAGCUGAGCUUCAAAACCACGGCUUUGCCCACGUUGACCCACAGGCUCUGUCCCAUGUGCGCCCACUGGCACUCAAGGGGUUUCCCUGUGGGGGCUGAGCUGGGGCACAACCUCUGCACAGAGAAGUUUCCAUCACUGCAAAGCGGAGCAAAAAGGCUCUGGGGGUGGCACUGAAGUUACCCGCCUGCUCCUCCCCUGGGGAAUGCUGGAGUGAAAAAAUAAAGCCGCCCCGCUCCGAGAUGACAUAUGGAAACGAAGCAGAAAGCGGCUUCUCCACUUAAAAUGUCAUCACAGACUUUGUUCAAAAAAAAAAGAAGCCUUCUCAGAGUGACAUUUUAAGGGGAAAUGUUGACUUAAAACCAGAAAGAAACCCCCCAAACCACACAAGGAACCGUUCUAAGCCGCGCUGAGCCUUCUUGCAUGGAAAUCAAUAUUUUUGCAGCAAAAAAAAACCACACAAAAAAACCCCAAAACUACUAUCUCAAGUAAAUGUGGAUCCUUGGUGGAUUGAAUUUCCUACGGGACAAAAGCAGCCUCCCUCUGCCCGGCCCUGAGGAAGCAACGCUGUCCUGGUUCGUGCUGCGCCAUGCUGUCCCGUGCCAUGCCAUGCCCUAGUGUGCCAUGCUAUGCCAUGCCAUGCCUUGCUGUGCCAUGCCACCCCCUGCAGCCCUCCCACUGGGGCAGGUUGGCCAGCAGCAAUCCGUGCUCCAGCUCUCCCCGCGCCGUGGUUAUCGCCGCCUGCCUUGUGUUUUUUUAAUAACCUGCAAUAUGAGAAUGCUGCCCUGGGGAGCACGGGGAUUAUUGUCAAAUAGCACUUCCUAUUCGCUGGCCUUCGAGGGGCCGCAUCCAGGUGGCACUGCUGGCAGUGCAGAGA